CGUCCAUACCUGGGUUCGGCGAUGCGAUACCACACACGGGCUACACGACGACGACAACAGCUGAUGCUCCACAUGGGACUAGGGUUAAGACGAAUCCGGGAGGUGGUGAACACGGGUCGGAAGAAGAGGUGAGGUUGGUGCUCGCGUGCAUUUCACGCCCACGCGAGAUACGUCGCCGGUACAUGCAGAUAGAAGCCACCAGCCCUGCCCUGUCCAGUGCCCUGCCUGCUGCCAACAACAACCCUUAGGUACAUCCCACCUUGCCUAUAAGAUAAGAGGAGGUCCGAUCGGGAGCUGCCUACCGACGACGAUGCUUUCUUAUCGCCGCCAUGAGCUCGGUCUGGAGUUGUCCGAUUCGUUGUCGUGCACCCCUCAGAAUGCUGCUGAAAUAGUAACCGUCCAACUCCGUGUCCCUACGUGUUGCGUCUCUGUAUUUCAGUCGGGGUAAGCCCCUCCCUAUGGACUGCCCGGCCGAGAGCACCACACGAGAACUCCGAGACGAGACCUGUUGUCAGUAGGCAGGAUCAUCGACGAGCGGAAACCCACCUUCCCCAGCCAGUAUGGCGUCCGAAGAGAAGCCCCCGAGUCACGAUGUCGACAAGUCCACGUCGGUUGCCCACGAGGUCAAGGUGGCCGAGGCCGACAUUAAGGACGAGGCCGGUGCCUUUGCUGUGAGAGCCUUGAUGAGCGGCGCCGUAGACGACGAGGCCUCGCGGAAGGUGAGACGGAAGAUCGACUACAGGAUCCUGCCCUUCAUGUGUAUCACCUACGCCCUCCAGUUCAUCGACAAGACCUCCUUGGGAUACUCGUCCAUCUACGGCAUCAUUCCCGACAACAAACUCCAGGGCCAGGAUUAUUCGUGGGCCAGCUCGAUUUUCUAUUUCGGCUAUCUCCUUGCUGAGUAUCCCGGUAUCGCUAUUCUGCAGAGGUUCCCGGUCGCCAAGUUUCUCGGCGUCAAUAUCGUACUAUGGGGCGCGAUCCUGAUGGUCACGGCAACAUGCUCUUCUUUUUCCGGCCUUGCGACGGCGAGGUUCAUUCUAGGGAUGGUCGAGGCCACGAUCUCGCCCGGAUUUGUAGCCAUCACCGGAAUCUGGUGGACUAGACAGGAGCAAGCUGGCCGGUCGGCUCUAUGGAUCUCCUUCCUCGGCGUCGGCAGCUUCGUCGGAGUGCUGUUGGCUUAUGGAAUCGGCCACAUUCAGGGCUCCCUAUCCACUUGGAAAUACAUAUAUCUCAUCUUGGGGUCCGUAACCAUCGCGUGGGGUAUCGCAUUCGCGCUAUUCGUGCCAGAUAGCCCGACAAGCGUCAAGUGGCUCGGAGAGGACGAAAAGGUCGUUGCCAUCCAGCGCGUGAUCGAGAACAAAACCGGUACCAAAUCGCGCCAUUUUGUCAAGGACCAAGUGAUGGAAGCGGUCACGGAUCCCAAGGUCAUCGUCCUGGGCUUAAUUUCCUUUGUCAACGCCAUUGCCUCUGGCGGGCUCGCCUUCGGCUCGUUAAUCAUCCAGGGUUUCGGUUUUACUCCCCUCCAAACCACGCUUAUGAAUCUUCCCUUAUCUAUCGUCCAGGUUAUAGCGCAGCUCGGCGGCGGGUUUCUGACCACUCGAAUCAGUAGCUCCCGCCUACACGUUGCCUCGGUAGCUAUGAUCCCCCCAAUCGUGGGUACGGUACUCAUUAACCAACUGCAUGAAUCCAAUAAAUGGGGGCGGCUUGUUGGUGUUUGGUUGUUGGGCUCUUAUCCGGUAGGGUUCAUGAUAAUAUUGGGCUUACUUUCAACCAAUAUCGCUGGUAGCACCAAGAGAUCUGUGGCCUCGGGGUGGGUUUUUGUCUGCUACUGUGUCGGUCAGAUCGCGGGGCCACAGUUCUUCAAGAGCACCGAGGCGCCCGCUUAUCGCAGUGGCAUCGUAGCCAUGCUCUGCGGCUUCGUCCUAAACUUGAUUCUAAACCAGGUAUUGCGAUUCCUCUACGUACUCGAGAACAGGAAGCGAGACAAAGACCUUGAGGGGAAGUCCGAGGACGAGAUCGCCGAGAUGAAGAGAACGGGUGAUCUACAGGGGUUUGAAGAUAUUACUGAUAAGAACAACGCUACGUUCCGAUAUGCGUUGUAAUGAAAGUUCGUUCAUAUUCGCGGUGGAUAUCUCUUCAGGGAGGUGUUAUACCUGUGAAGCAGUUCAACCGGGUUAAACAAUUGUACCUAGAGUUAUUUCCCUGCGUUCCUAACCUAACGAAUCCUAACCACAGCACUACUAAAUUCUAAACUAUUUCCACCUUACUAGUCCCUGUUUAGUGCACGUCGCGAUCUUCCUCCGG